UCUGUGUCUGACUAAUUUCUGGUGCGAGAUGAAGUACAAGUUGAAGGGAGAAAUGAUGUCGUCGAUGAAUUAGGUUUGCUUGAGCUAUGAAUUUUUUGAUGUGCAAUGGGGUUAUAUAUAACCUGUGAUGGCGCUUGACACGUCCGGCAGAUUGAAGCGCCAGGUCUGCCUGCGAGGCUGGAAGAUUGGGGAAGAGGUGUCGACAAUCCGCUGUGAAUGUGCAUCCUGGGCACACGAGGCUUGUUUGGCCAAGUCCGUUUUCAAGACGGGCGGCUGCCCUAUGUGCAGGAGGUCGAUUUUCUUGAUCGAUGAUGAGAAUGUCCUUGCGCGGGAGGAGCUACAGAGAAGGCCAGACGGCUGUUAGAGAAUGGGAUCCAGCAUUCUCACAGGAGGCGCGGAAGUCUGCGAAUAUGGAUGGAGAACGCGCCACACUUGCACCCAACAGCUGUG